AUGAAAGCAAAAAAGAAAAAUCUCGUGCUCCAAGGACAAGAAAUAUUUUCAUCUGAUGUUUGUUUUGAAAUAAUUUCCAUAAUUGAUGAUUCGUGGUUUAUUUUGAAGAAUUGUUCCUUGAUUUCAAAACAAUUCUUUAAUGUGAUCAAGGAACGUUCAAAACUUUUUAUCGAAUUUAAAACAAAAUUUACAGAGACAAGAAUUGAAUUAUUCAUGAAAAGUCAAUUUAUGAACAGUAUUGUUAAUGUUAAAUUUUCUAAAAUGUUGUUUGACUCUAUAGAAAAAGCCAAAUUUAUAACUGAAAUGAAACAAUUAACAUUACUUGAUAUUGGUGGAAAUCAAAUUGGUGAUGAAGGUAUCAAACCAAUAAGUAAAAUGAAACAAUUGACAUCACUUUAUGUUUACAAUAAUCAAAUUGGCGUGGCAGGAGCCAAAUAUAUUGGUGAAAUGAAACAAUUAACAUCACUUACUAUUAGUGGAAAUUACAUUGGUGAUACAGGAGCCAAAUUUAUAAGUGAAAUGAAACAAUUAACAUCACUUAAUACAUGCUACAAUGAAAUUGGUGUAGAAGGAGCCAAAUCAAUAAGUGAAAUGAAACAAUUAACAUCACUUGAAAUUGGUGGAAAUCGAGUUGGUGAUGAAGGAGCCAAAUUUUUAAUUGAAAUGAAACGAUUAAAAUCACUUGAUAUUUAG